UCUCUCACUCCCACACCUCCCUUCUUCAUUCACUCCGGUUUCCCCCAAACUGCAUACUCUUUCUUCCCAUGCUGGAACUAAGUGACCGACUGGCCGGAAGAUCCAACAACAGAGCCAAGUAAUUUCAGAAAUUAGGGUUUUCUGUUGCUGAAUUGCAAGAAUGCCGCUGGCUAGGUACCAGAUAAGGAAUGAGUUCAGCUUAGCGGAUCCGGAGCUAUACCGAGCUGCCGAUAAAGAUGAUCCAGAAGCUCUUUUGGAAGGCGUCGCCAUGGCUGGACUCGUCGGCGUCUUGCGCCAGCUCGGCGACCUUGCUCAGUUUGCGGCUGAGGUCUUUCAUGACUUGCAUGAAGAAGUAAUGGCCACUGCUGCAAGAGGUCAUGGUCUUAUGGUUCGUGUUCAGCAGCUCGAGGCUGAAGUUCCUUCUCUUGAAAAGGCUUUUUUGUCCCAGACUCAUCAUUCAUCUUUUUUCUCUAAUGCAGGGAUGGAUUGGCAUCCUAAUCUUCGUUCUGAACAGAAUCUUAUUACCCGAGAAGACUUACCUCGAUUUGUAAUGGAUUCAUAUGAAGACUGCCGUGGGCCCCCAAGAUUGUUCCUCCUGGACAAAUUUGAUGUAGCUGGGGCUGGGGCUUGCUUGAAGCGAUAUACUGAUCCAUCAUUCUUUAAAUUGGAGUCAUCUUCAUCUAAAGCUGCAACUGCUGAAGUGCACAGGGAAAAGAGGAGCCGUAGAGUCAAGAAGAAAGCAGCACGAUUGAGGAAUGGUGAAACCCCUGAAGUUGUACCAACACAUGCAAAAUUGCAUCAAUUGCUUCUUGAAGAACGUGUUGAAACUGCUUAUAGGAAUCCUGCACGUCUUGUCAAGUUGAAGAAAAGACAAUUGAAUAGAUCUGGAGUUGGAGCAGAAAAUGGGAGAAGUUACAUGGAAAAAUUUCUGGAAUCUCCUUCACCAGAUCAUAAGAUGGUUAGGGAAACUUCAAUUGUUCCAUUGCCUGUGAAAUCAAUGUCAGAAGAUACUAAUGAAGCAAGGAUUAAAAUACUUGAGAUUACUACGGUCAGUCCUGUGAAAAGGUUGUCAGGAAAUGAAAACACACUUUCAUCUACUAAUGUACCAGAAUCAGAAGUAAAGCCAUUAUCAGAAACUAAGAUGGAGACCAAUGGAGAUCUUGUGAAGGUGCAUGAACAAGUGCUUGCCAAUGUGACAGGUGAAUUGUCUUAUAAGAAGACGCCUGCUGAAACAGAAUUACCAGAUGGUGGACAGAGGAAAAUAGAAGCCUGCUUAGAUGGUUACCGUUCUGAUGAUGCCACUAGUGAGGUUGACAAUUACGUGGAUGCUUUAACUACAAUGGAGUCAGAGAUGGAAACAGACAAUGAGUAUGGACCCAAGAACAGCUGCUUGAAUGGUCAAAGGCUAAUAGAUUCUGAUGGCAACGAAGAACAUCAGCCACAUGCUCAACUAUCAAUUUCUCAAUCAUUUGGAGGCUCCUCCAUGUCAGAUGAAAGUAGUUCAUUCAAACAAGACGGAAGUGAUGAAUGUAAUGAACUCCAAGCUCAGUUGUCAGAUUCUCAAUCAAUUGGAACAUCCUCCACAUUGGAGGAAAACAGUUCAUUCAAAAGAUAUACAGGUGAAGACCAUAGGGAAAUGCAGGCUCAGUUUUCACAUUCUCAAUCUGUUGGAAAGUCAUCCGCGUCAGAAGAAAUUGGCUUGAACAAAAAAGAUACACCCUGCUUUUCUCAUUCUGAAUCUUUCGGCGUCAUGGUUGAAAUUAUUAAAUCGGAAUCUUUAUCACUCUCAUCUACUAAAUAUUGUGAAUAUGAGAUUGAAGAUACACAUUCUGAUAAUGUUCCCCAUAAUGUUGAGUCCCAAAAGCCAGAGUGUAAUAAGUUUGUUAUGCAUGAUGAUGAUGAUGAUGCAGAGUUUCGGGAAGAAGAGAUUUCUGAUUCUGGAAGAGCCUCCUCUGAUUCACAUUUGAUGCAUUCAACACAUUUUGUUUCAGAUGUUGGAGCCAACUCAUCAAUGAUCCAACCGGCAGAGUCUCAAAUAAUUCCAACUUCUGACACAGUUCAGCUCCAUUCAACUUUAGCGGAUACAGACAGCAAGUGUCUCGUUGAACCUAAGGCUGUUGUUUUGCCUGAUGCUGUCUUCACAGUGAUUAAUGAUCCUUGCCCUGUGUCUUCUGAAAAAUAUCCUUCAAGCAACUUAGAUGAAGGUGAUCCUUGUGCUCAGUCUGGUGAUUCAAUACAGAGCUCAAAUGAUUUAGAAUUGGCACCAGUGAUCAAUCCUACAGGAACACAAUUAAUUGAAAGACCAUCUGACCUUGUUGAAAUUCAUUCAAGCUUAGCAGAUGAUGAGGAAAGGAAGUGUCAUGUUGAAUGUAUAGCUGCUGUACCUGAUGCUUUCUCCACGAUAAAGGAAGGUGCUAGCCCUGUGCCCUCUUCUGAAGAAUGUCCUUUGAACAAACUUGAUGAGAGUGAUGCUUAUGUCCAUUCUGAUGCUUCAUUACCAAUUUCAAAUGACUUGGAAUCAACACCAGUCAUACCUACAGGGACACAUUUGGUUGAAACACCAUCUGAGCCUGUUGAACUUGAAUUAAGUUUAGCAGAUGAUGAAGAAAGGAAGUGUCAUGUUGAAUCUAUAGCUGCAACAUCUGAUAGAUUCUCUACAACCCAAGAUGGUGCUUGCCCUGGGGUUUCUUCCAAAGGAUGUUCUUUGAACUUGGAAAAUGGUGACCCAUAUGUCCAUUCUGACACUUCACAGCACAUUUCUUAUGACUUAAAUUUGGCUCCUGUAGAUGAAUGCAGCAAUCAUUCUAAGAUCGAAAUGUUGCAGGAUGGGCUUUCAGAUGAAAACUAUGAUGGAAGUUUGGCUGGCAAAGGGGUUAAUUCACCUAGGGGGCAUACUACUUCUCGGUUCAUGGAAGAAGACUUGUAUUCUGGUGCUGCACUACCAGUUUGUGGUGCAGAGGUCUUAGAUUCAAAAGACGAGAGCUGUAUUGUUGCUAGUAAACUUGACUGUUGGGAUUCAUCUCCUGCAGCAGAGGCUCCACCAACAAGUAGCUCGACAGGGGAGCAAUUCUCCUAUUUUACUCAUGAAAGUCAUAAAGAUGAACCAUAUUCGGCAGGAGCAGAAGUUAUGUUCUCUGAUAAGCUAUCAAAUUCUGGAGAGACAUCGAGGAUGGAUAAUGACAAUGUAAAAAGUGGAUCCACCUGCAGUGUGGAUACAGUUGAAGAUGAUGGGCAUCUUAAACAACCAUCUUGUGCUGGUUUUGUAGGGCAGGAGAAUUGUGUCACUAGAUAUAAUGUUUUCACCGAGAAAGUUCAAUCAGAGGAUCAAGCUGUAUCUGACAAUUUACUGGAACCUUUCCCAGGUUCUUCUGAUGCUUAUCAAUUAAAAAUAGAAUCCAAUGAGGCUGAGUCAAGUGAAAUUUUCAGAGACAUGAAUGCAGCGACAAGGAAUAAUCAGCUGGAAUCAUCUUCAGAUAUAAUUUCUUCCAAUUUUAUAUCUACUUCACUGAGGGAUCCUACACAUUUGGAAGAAUCUCCUUCUGGUUUUAGUGAUCCACAUGUGAAUGAAAUAUUUAAUGAGGUAGUUGUUAGAGAAUCUUUGACAGAAUUGGAAGUGCAGAAGGUUGUGAAUCAACCUGAAGUUGCUUCAGCUUAUGUAGGUUUAAGUCUGAACAGAUCGGGAUCUCGUGAUCUUUCUGAUUCAGAAACAUUUAAUAGUAUUCAAGAUUCACCUCUAAAGGUAAAAUACCAUUAUAUUUCUUCUGCCAAUGGUUUAUCAAUGGUGCCAGAGUUUUCAGAGCCAGGCACUCAGGAAUUGGAAUCUUCAUCUUGCCAGAAUAAUUGUUUGCCAUCAUUUUCCAAUAACCAGAUGGUAAUGGAAACUCCCGUGCAGUUCUUACAAUCAGAAGCUGGUCAACAAGAUGCAGAUUUUUCUCUCAGAGUUGGAGAAAAUUCUGCCUCAGAGAAAUUUCAAUCUGAACAUAUGCAUGUAUCAAAUCAAUUGGGGCAAGAAAGAAAAUCUCUUGCUGCUUCUGAAUAUGCUCUUGAAAUUCAUCUAGAUCAACCGUCACCAUCCAAUUCCUUAUCACAGUCAGCUGGAGGGGAGUUAAAUGUUGCAAAGCAUAUCAUGGAUUCAUUGAAACCUCUUCCGGAUCCCAUUCUCCCGGGAUCCAACAUCAAUCUCGGGGAGAUGCCACCUAUGCCCCCUCUACCACCUAUGCAGUGGAGAAGGGGUAAGGUUCAACAUUCUUCACAGAAAGGAGUAAUAGAAGUUAGUCAGGCCUCAUUCCAACCAAUUCAGGCAAUUAAAACUGGUGAGAAAGGUCAAUUUGGUUUGUUUACUUCUGAGAGAGAGGCCUUACAGUAUCAGAAUACAUUUUUACCAGUCAUGGCUUUGGAAGGUGAGAAGGUUCAAUAUUCUUCUGGAUUUUCAGUGGGUGUUCCAGGGCAUCCUGUAGCUGUUCCAUUGCAAUUUCCUUUUAUGGUUAAUGAAGCAAAUGGUCAAUAUAAUUACCUAGUUCUGGAGAGAAGCCAAAUGCAGAAUCCAUUCUUAACACUUCCCAUUGUGCCUACUGUCAGGCCUUCACAUGGUCUCGUUCUUGCAUCAGAGGGAGAAACGGUACAAUAUUCAAAUGCGCACCCACCAACGCUACCUCUUGAAUAUGCUUUUUCUGGACAUGAUCCUGUCUCUUCUCAGGAAAAGCUGGCCCAACCACCAAGUCAGCUAAUAGAAGAGACAACUUCAGAAGCUAAAGAACCUACGCAUUCUGUGAGCAACCUGGAAGUGGAACAAGAAGAUCCUUCUGUUACAUCCAUGCCACCACCAAUCAUGGAAAUUCUGCAAAACAAUCACUGUCUACCUCAUUCAGAGGGCGAGAUGGCAUUGUCAUUGGGACACGAUCCUGUCUCUUCUCAGGAAAAACUGGCCCAUCCACCAAGUCAGCUAAUAGAAGAGACUACUUCAGAACCUAAAGAACCUACACAUUCUGUGAGCAACCUGGAAGCGGAGCCAGGGGAGCAAGAAUAUCCUUCUGUUACACCCAUGCCACCACCAAGCAUGGAAAUUGUGCAGCACAAUCGCAGCCUGCCUCCUUCAGAGGGUGAGAUGGCAUUAUCACUGGAUAUACCUGCUAAUACAUCAGCAGAGAUUGAGGGUGAAAAAGCAAAUGGAAUACCAAAAACUAAACUUCCCCGCCCGCGGAAUCCUCUAAUUGAUGCUGUUGCUGCUCAUGACAAGAGCAAGCUGAGGAAGGUUACUCAACGUUCUAGGCCUGAGGCAGCACCCGAGAUAGAUGAAAGGAAUUCACUGUUAGAACAGAUAAGAACAAAGUCCUUCAACUUGAAGCCUGCUGUGGCAACCCGACCCAGCGUUCAAGGUCCAAAAACAAACUUGAAAGUUGCUGCCAUUUUGGAGAAAGCAAAUGCAAUUCGCCAGGCUUUGGCUGGAAGUGAUGAUGAAGAUGGUGAUGCUGAUAGUUGGAGUGAUUCUUGAAUUUACAACGGAAAGUGUUGGGCAUGUGAUGAAUGUCUUGCCGCCAUGGUGGUUGCCUUGAAUCAUCCGAUGUCAAAUCCUCACCUAUAAUAAAUAAGAAACCUCUACCGAAGAUACGAGAUUCUUUACCCUGCUUUAUGUUCAUGCAUGAUAAGUGGCCUCUCCCUCCUGACACAAGGAUGUAUGAACAUCAGUGUAGUUUGCGGUUUAGCAUCGAUCUAGAUCCAGAUGUGAAAAUGACCUCAACAAGUGCAGAGACUCAGGUUCGGCGUGCAAGCGCUGCGCCAAUCUAUCAAUACAUUUUUCAUGUAAGCAUGUGAAUAUUUGUGUCGUGGGUAGCGUAACUUUUUUAGCCCCAUAAAUUUUCCAAUUUUGCAAUGCUGUAAUGUGCUUCUUGCCUCAUUUAUCAUGUACUGCAUUUUUGACUUUCUUUAGUACUGUAAUAUAUAUAGUAAAAUCAUGUUAAUGUACAGUUGUCAUCAGUGCGUCUGCUUACUGAAUACUGAUCAGUGACUACUAUUUUUGUUAUAUACAUAGCAAGAUAGUUGUAAA